GUGGCGCAGUUGGCUAGCGCGUAGGUCUCAUAGCUACUGAGUGAUCCUGAGGUCGAGAGUUCGAGCCUCUCUCACCCCAAUUUCCUUUUCCCAUCUUUUUCAAUUCCCUCUCUCUCUCUCUCUCUCUGACAUUGUUGACCUUCUUCUUUCCCAGUUUUUGUCUCUCUUCCACUUCUAUAAUCUUCUUCUCACAUCUUCGCACGUUUGUUUUUUCCCCGCCGAUCAAUAUCUCAGAGACCCGAAUAUGUUUAAUCCGAUUCAAAUCCUUCCUCUAUGAUCUCGAACGACGAUUGAUUUCUACCAUAAAAAAAUUUGUGUCUGGAAAUUUAGGGUUAGCGAAGGGUUGAUCAAUGAUGCAAGGUGAAGUACAAUUGCAGCCACCGGAUUCGCAAAAGCUUAGUGAUUCCGCUCCAUUGUUGGGUGAUCACACCAAUUCUUCAUCUCCUUCGGCGUCUGUUGUGGUGGUAGCAGAAGAGACUAGCGAUGAGAUAAAAACUGAAGAAGAUUUGGAGAACGAUGCUUCGUCAGCUCCUUGCUGUCGUAUUUGUUUGGAGGACGAUAGCGAAUUGUUAGGCGACGAAUUGAUAUCACCGUGUAUGUGCAAAGGCACUCAGCAGUUUGUGCAUCGGUCAUGUCUCGAUCAUUGGCGAUCUGUUAAAGAAGGUUUUGCUUUCUCUCACUGUACCACCUGCAAAGCUCAGUUUCAUCUCAGAGUCGAACCUUUUGAGGAUAACAACUCUUGGCGUCGCAAAGCUAAAUUCAGACUCUUUGUCGCUAGAGAUGUGCUUUUGGUUUUCGUAGCUGUGCAGACUGUUAUAGCUGUUAUGGCUGGACUUGCAUAUAUGAUGGACAAAGAUGGAGAAUUUCGGAACUCUUUCAACGAUGAUUGGGAUCGUAUCUUGUCCAAACAUCCCAUCCCGUUUUAUUACUGCAUCGGGGUUGUAUCCUUCUUUGUGCUGACUGGAUUUCUUGGAAUCAUUCUACAUUGCUCUGCCAUCAACGGUAAUGACCCGAGGAUGGCUGGAUGCCAGAACUGCUGUUACGGAUGGGGUGUCUUGGAUUGUUUCCCUGCUUCAAUGGAAGCUUGUUUUGCUCUUGUUGUUGUCUUUGUCGUCAUCUUCGCCAUUCUUGGUUUAGCUUAUGGUUUUCUUGCUACUACUAUGGCUAUCCAAAGGAUAUGGCAGAGACAUUACCAUAUUCUCACCAAGCGAGAGCUCACAAAGGAGUACAUUGUGGAGGAUCUUCACGGAAGUUACACUCCCCCAAAGCUGGAUGCAGAGCACGAAGGAAGACUUAAAAUGCUGAAACUUCUGUGACCGUUUCUUUUCACUGUGCAAUAAAAAAAGGUUCUAAUGGAGUUUCAGGUACAUUAGAGAAACAAGUUCAUACAUCUUUGUCCACAGAGUGUUUCUUUUCUUUAUCACCCAAUGUUGAAGUACCUAAUGUAUGUUGUCGUCUCUCUAUAUAUAUAUAUGAGUUGAAGCAAUGCUAUUGCAUUUUAGUGAAUACUAAAGACAUUGAGAUUCAAAUUUACAAACAGAGUCUAUAGAAUUGUUUCGGUUUUACUC